AUGGCCUUGAGCCCAGGUUGGAGAGCGUUUACAUCAUUUGCCAUGAACCGCUGUGGUGUCCUUCGGAAGGCUGUGAGAAGCAGCGGUUUUCCCUUGUUUCCCUGGGGCCACUGCCCCUGGAGGGGAACCGGAAGCUUUUUAGACCCUGAGAUGAAAGCUUUCCUGGAGCAGAACACUGAAGUCCCCAGCCGUGGUAGCCUCACCCCUGAAAUCCAGUUGCGGCUUUUGACCCCCAGAUGCAAGUUCUGGUGGGAGAGAGCUGACCUGUGGCCCCACAGUGAUCCUUACUGGGCAGUCUACUGGCCAGGAGGCCAAGCCCUGUCUAGGUAUCUUUUGGAUAAUCCUGACGUUGUCAGAGGAAAAUCUGUGUUAGAUAUUGGGAGUGGUUGUGGAGCUACAGCUAUCGCUGCUAAGAUGAGUGGAGCUUUAAGGAUCUUGGCCAAUGACAUAGACCCUAUUGCAGGAAUGGCUAUUACACUAAACUGUGAGUUGAACCAACUGAAUCCUUUUCCCAUUUUAACCAAAAACAUGCUGGAUUUGGAACAAGAUAAGUGGGACCUUGUUGUGCUUGGAGAUAUGUUUUAUGAUGAAGACCUUGCAGACAGUCUACAUCAAUGGCUGAAAAAGUGCUUUUGGGUCUACAAAACUCGAGUACUGAUUGGUGACCCUGGGCGACCCCAGUUCAGUGGACAUAGCAUUCAGCAUCAACUGCACAAAGUAGCAGAAUAUUCACUUCCAGAGCCCACUAGGCAGGAGAACAACGGACUGACAACAAGCACUGUGUGGGAAUUUCAGCCUUGA